AUGAAGCCCAGCAGCUGCUGCCCCUCCCUUAACGAGGCCUCUUCAAAAAGAGGCAGGAAUGGGAGACGCCGUCGAGGGAAACGCGCGUUCCCGAUGGCGGAGGGAGGGGAAGCGGCGGCCGGGGCCGCGCAGGAUCUGAUCCUGGAGGAUUACUUUAUGAUGGAAGAAGAACCUUUGGGUGACAAGACAGCUGAAGAGGAAGAAAUUGAUCUUUACGUUAACUUGACGUUCACUUCUAAAGCUUACCUGGAGCAGACUAGAGGGAAAGUCCUGGAGACAGAUGCAGAGCAAGCUCAUGUGGGUGGAUUUGAGGAGGUGAUGGUGACUGUUGGGGAAGAGAAACCUGAAGCUACUGAGGCAGAACCCAUGCUAGAAGAUGCGGCAGAGAAUGAAAGCCUUCCCACUGAGCCACAACAUGUUUAUGAUGAUCAUGAUGAAGAAGAGGAGGAGGAAGGGGAAGAGGAGGAGGAAGUGGCAAUGGCUGACCAAGAUGAGGAACCUGCAUGCGAGAAGGAUCAUAAAAGCAAGGAAGCUGGAGAGCCAAACAACCUGGGAGACCCAGCAGUCAUGAGAGCUGUGCGUGGCCAACGUACGUUGGAGAGAGAAGAUUCUGCUGUCCUGGACAGCAGAGUUGCCAACGACCUCUCAGAUUAUCCUACUGAUUUCUUGACAGCUUCAAAACCUUCCAUCUGGAAUUCUACCCGGAGGAGAGUCCAGUCGCUGUCUAUGAUGGAGGCGUUGGACAGGGCUUCUAUGUCCCGGGUCAACCUAGAUCUUUUGGCCUCACCGGCGCAGAGAAGCUAUCUAGACACAUCUGGCCUGGAGCGUUCAGGCUUCCGUGGGAGAACCUUCAAGCCCUCUUCUCAGCGCUUCGUGCGGCAGCAAUCUCCCACGAUGUCUGGCUCUAUGAGAUCGCCUUACCUGUUCACUCCACCCCGCAGAACACGGCGUGUACUUGGCCUUAAUCAGACAUCUGCCUAUGCGUCUCCACCUCCAUAUAGGCCCUUUUUCCCAAAUGUCAAUAGCCCAAGCUGGGCUAUGGCCCAUAAUCUUGAUCCUCCACUCUUCAGUCCAACAUCUGGCAACCAGCAGAAGUUCAGUGUUCCCAGUGCCAUGACACAACUUCACCCCCUGCAUCAACGGAUCCUGACCCAAAGACAGCGAGGGCAAGAAAGGAGAAUUCCCCGUAUGAAGCGCCAGCCGCCGAAGGAGGACCCCUAUGCUGUGCUCAUGACUCCAGUAGAAAAAGAGUGGGUGAUAAAGGUGCAAAUGUUGCAGCUUCAGAGUGACAACCUUCACAGGGAUGACUAUUAUUACCAGGAAUAUUAUCGCAAGCUGGAGCACAAACAGGCAGAGAAGGGGCUUCUUGGAGGGUGCAAGACUGAAGUCCCCAAGCUAGUGACACCGUAUAUCCAGAAAGUGGAGGCAUACGAAUCUGUGGUGCGGAUACCGGGCUCCCUGGGCCAAGUGGCAGUGUCUACGUGCUACAGUCCCCGCAGGGCUAUUGAUGCCGUGCACAACAUCCCGCUGGAACAGGCUGUGGGUAAUCAGCGACUGCAAGUACUAUAUGAAAUUGAGAAGAUGUACCUGCAGCUGCUGGAUAUAGAAGAUGGUCAGAGGAAACUGGAGCAAGUGCCAGAGGAGGAGCACCUCCACUUCUGUGAGAAAUUUGCGCAUGAGCUGGGACAUAUCUAUCAAGCCCUAAGAAUCGAAGAGCAGAAUUCGGAAAAGGAAGCCAAAGAUGAGUUCCUUCAGAUCCUGCUUGUGGGAAAAGGGAGGAGGCUGGUGGCCCGUCUGUUGCCACACUUGUCGCAGGAGCAGGCCAAGCAGGUCCUUGUCAGCAUCACCCAGCACCUACCGUUUCUCCUUCAGAAGGACAUGAUGGAUGAGUCUCUGCCCAUUCUCUACGGUCCUCUCUGUGAUGUCAUUGAGCAGUUGACCUUCAGUGAGAUGAUAGACCUCUUACAGGAGCUAACCAGAUUGCAGCCGGAGUCUGUCCAGCAAUCGCUUGCUAUGGUGUUUGGGAACAAGUUUGCCAUCUCACUUCUAUACCUUCUGCUGAGUCACGGGGAGAGAUGUCUCUCCUCCGGAAUGCCCCUGAACCCCCGCAACGGAGACUUUGAAAAAUGGGUGGAUACAGUGCUCCUUGUUGCAAGGGAGCUGUCUCAGGUACCCAAGGCAUUGAUGGUAGAGCCAUUUCACCUCCCCAGCAACCUCCUUUUUCUCUUCUGCCGCUAUGUAGACAAAGACAUGGCAAACCACUUAGAUGCCAAGAUGGAGUGAUUGGCUUCUGCCUUCAUGAGCUAUCGCAACACUUGGAGCCUCCUUUGUUGCUGCAGCGUGAUCUUCGGUGGUAGUAUCAGUCUUCGAGAGGCCUGGCUGUAGCUAGAACACAGUGGUUGUUUAAAGAAAACGAUUAUUUAAUUCACAAAUUCUGCUUUUGUUUGUGGUACGACGUGGUUCCCCACAGCCCAAACUGCUCUGUGCCAAUUGUAGAUAUUCAGUGCUAGCUCAGCACUUAAACUCAGCCUGAAAUGAGUGAACACAGGCUUCCCUGUACAGUAAAUACUAGGUUGUGGGGGAUGAACUUUGAUUUUUACAAUAUCUUGUGUACAGCACUUAUACAAUAAAAGCAAAUAAAACUAG